UCUCGGAUUCGGUGCGGGCAAGGAUGCUGUUGCGUAAGGCCUCGACCGCGUUUGGCGGAUGUUUGCGCCAACAGUUGCAGCGUGGCUCCACAGCCGAUGGUGUGCUGCUUCCGCUUGCGGCAGUACAGCAACAGCUCAGCUGCGCGGCAGUACCGCAACGUCGAGGGUUUUCAAACGGUGUAGGACGUAAAACGCAUCCCAAAAUUCUCAUCACAGGUGGACUCGGACAACUUGGUGUGGAGUGUGCGAAACUUUUGCGAGGCCAGUACGGCGAGGAGAGUGUUAUCCUGUCCGACAUUAUCAAACCGAGCAAUGAAAUCGUCAACAGUGGACCGUACAUCUUCGCCGACAUUCUCGACUUUAAGGGGCUGCAGAAGAUCGUGGUCGAUCAUCGCGUCGACUGGAUCAUUCACUUUUCCGCGCUGCUCAGUGCGAUCGGUGAGCAAAACGUGCCACUCGCUGUACGCGUCAACAUCGAGGGCAUGCACAAUGUGCUCGAGCUGGCCAAACAGUACAAGUUGCGGAUCUUUGUACCUAGUACGAUCGGUGCAUUCGGUCCGGAUAGCCCACGGAACCCUACGCCGAACGUGACGAUCCAGCGACCGCGCACAAUCUACGGUGUAUCGAAGGUGCACGCAGAACUGAUGGGCGAGUACUACCACCACAAGUUCGGGUUGGACUUCCGCUGCCUUCGGUUUCCGGGUGUGAUUUCCAGCGAUCCACCCGGCGGUGGUACUACCGAUUACGCCGUGGCUAUUUUCUUCGAGGGACUAAAGACGGGUAAAUACCAAUGCUAUCUUAAACCUGACACGCGUUUGCCCAUGAUGUACAUCGAGGAUUGUCUGCGAUCUUUGCUGGAGUUUAUGACCGCACCGGAGGAGAAGCUACAACGCCGAGUGUACAACGUCACUGCCAUGUCCUUUACGCCCGAGGAGCUCGUGGAGAAGCUGUCGAAGUAUAUUCCCGAGCUACACGUGAGCUACCGACCAGAUAGCCGGCAGCUUAUUGCCGAUUCGUGGCCACAAAUCUUUGACGACUCCGAGGCGCGCCGAGACUGGGGCUGGCAGCACCACUACGAUCUGGACAAGUUAGUCGAUCUAAUGGUACGCGAUGUCACCGAAAACUACAUCAAAAAGGGGGCUAACUAAGGCCAUACGAUUUCAUGACAACAUUCUGGCCAUCGAGCGCUGCAAUAAACUGUGUAUACCUUCAAG